UUGCUCGAACUGAAUGCUGUUGGCCACAAAGUCAUGGCCAAUCAAGCGCCACAAAGGCAGGCCCUGGUGCUGUCUUGUGAAGUCCCUGGAGAGGACCCACUCCCAGGUGCCAGGUACAAUGCAGAGAAGUUGAGCAAAUUCUUCCGCAGGGCAAAUGUGCCUACUGGAUGCGUUUACGGCAGGAAGCUGACUCUGGACCGAGCCAAAGAAGACAUCAACGAUUUCUUUUCCAUACAUUGCGAUGUACAUGUUCUUUAUGGAAUUUUUCAUGGGCGUCAGGGAUCUUGGAAAUUGUCUGAUGGUACCACCCUUGGGCUUGCUGAAAUUUUGGAGCAGUGGGAUUUCGCCAAAGAACUUGGAACAGCACAACACCUUCUGAUCGUCUCUGAUUCCUGUGAAUCGGGAAAUAUGGUGAAUGAAGCUGCUCUCCUGGGCCGAGAAGACAUUGCCGUGCAAGCAUCCUGUGCUAGAGGCAGUACUUCUCCCGAUGUGGUGGGAGAAACCUUCACUGAGUAUUUGCUUUGGAACCUGCAGGGGCGCAGUACUGCAAACAAACGAGGCAGUGACAUGCUAAUUCAUAUUGAGAGGGCGCUGCUUCGGUUUGGCCCAUGCUAUUAUUGCCCAGAUCCAAGCAACUUUAGGGGCUGGGUGUUUAUCAAUGAAGAUGGAGCGGACCCAAGCUCGUCCCACAGUGUUUCACUGGCAUCUGAUACAUCUGACACGACCAGCCAAAUAUCAGGGCCAGAAGAAUUAUUUGACCCGAGGUCACCUACCCCAGAACCUGAGGAUGCAACCGCCCCAGAAAAUGCAACGGCCCCAGAGCCUGCGGAUACAAUCGUCCCAGACAGAUCCCAUAGUGCUUUGUUGAUGUCUUUAAAAUUCUUUGAUGGGGAUCACGGCCUGAUCGGCUUGAUUCGGAGCGUGGAUUGGGAACACCCAAUGACAGGCGCACCUCACACACUGGACCUAGUCAAACACUGGAUCAGGGACUUCUUCUCCCACUCGUCCCUUCUACACGUUCUGUGUGGAAUCUUCCGCGGGCAUGCAGGCUCUUGGAAAUUGCCUGAUGGCAGGUUGCUGGGGCUUCAUGACAUCUUGGAACAAUGGGAUUUGGCCAAAGAUGAGGGAACGGCUCGACAUCUUCUGAUUGUUUCUGAUUCCUGUGAGUCGGGGCACAUGGUGAAUGAAGUUGCUCUCCUGGGCCGAGAAGACGUUGCCGUGCAAGCAUCCUGUGCUAGAGGCAGUAAUUCUCCCGAUGUGGUGGGAGUAACCUUCACAGAGUAUUUGCAGUGGAACCUGACGGGGCGCAGUAUUGCAAACGAACGAGGCAGAGACAUGGUGAUUCGUGAGAGGGCUCUGCUUGCAUUACGUCCAUCUUACUACUGCCCAGCCCGAACCAACUACAGAGGCAUGGUGUUUAUCAAUGAAGAUGGAGCAGACCUGAGGGGCCGCAGCUUGCAUUAUCCAGACUUUUCUUGGUUCAUACCGGAUGGAGCAGACUUUUUUUGGUUCAUGUCUGUCAUACCGACUGCUGAACUGAUCUUGUGUUCGACGCUAAUCCCUCCUCUUUUGCCUCUUAUAGGGCUGGGACUAUUUUUAAAGCGCACGAUCGGGAUUGAUUGAUGCUAUACUUACUUUCCUUAUAUAGGGCUGGGACUGGGAAUCGGUGCACUUUUAGUAGCGCUGAAUCGAGAAGCAGUCUCUCGCAGUGAAAAUAAACCUCAUUGACCUCGUAGUCUGGUCUUUGUCCGGGCAUUGGUUG